AGAAACGGAGACCAUGGAUGCCCGAUGGCUUGACUACCCUGCCUCUGGAGACUUGCCAGAUGAUGAAGACAUUGGUGAAUUCAGGCCUCGCUUAACUUCUGAUGAGUUAGAUAUAGAUGUGGUGUCUGGGUCUGGAGACUACUCAGACUCUGAAGAUGCCUUGUAUCUGACCACUGUGGAUGCUCCUGUGAUAUCUGACAACUACAUCCCUGGAGAUACUGACAGAAAGAUAGAAGGUGAGAAGGAAAACACACUGGUGGACAAUGAAAUCAUUCCAGACAAAGCUGUACCUGUUGAGGAGAACCUGUCCAACAAGAUCUCCAUGGCAAGCACAGCCAACAGCAGCAUCUUUGAAAGAACAGAAGUCCUUACAGCUCUCAUUGCAGGAGGAGCAGUGGGCCUCCUGUUUGCUGUCUUCCUGAUUCUCCUCUUAGUCUAUCGCAUGAAGAAAAAGGAUGAAGGCAGUUACGACCUUGGGAAGAAACCGAUCUACAAGAAAGCCCCUACAAAUGAGUUCUACGCCUAAAUCUCAGUGGUGCCUUGUGCCCAUCCAGGGACAAGCAGACUGUAUGGAAACACUGUGCCCUCAGAUGAGAUGUGCUGAACAAAUGCUCUUUUUGGAUUGAAUUUCAAAGCAACUUUGAGAAAAAACUUCCUACAUGACCCUUCCCAUCCUGCUCAGCUAACAAGGGCCCAAUGAAAUACAAAGAGUCUGAAAAAAACCUCAGUGUAUUUUAUUUGUUUUUUUCUAAAGUUAGUGUAAAAAGAGUCAAGAUGCCAAAUUUUCUGCUUGGUUUUAUAGAAGGUAUAUAAACACAAAACAGACUGUAUGAAAGCAAACACCAUGUGUUUGUAGCCAGUGUGCCAUGCUCGGAUUGGCUGCUUCUAUAGAAGAUGGCUCUUUUUUUUAUAUAUAAACCUUGCUAAUAGAUUUCUUGCAGCGGGAUGUUGAUGUUGAAGCAUUUUUGUGGAGAACUAUUUAUCAAUCUCUUACACUACAGAUUAUGUUGCCUUAUCAGGGAGGAGGAGGGCCCAUAGUGGCUCAAAAUCCCUGAAUGCCAUAAAGGGCCUAUGGGAAUGUCUUCCCCAGGAGACUUCUGUCUCUUCCUGUUGGCCCCAGGCAAGGGUCAUUAGUCCAUGAAAUCAGGACAGCCAGUUUUGUUUGGCUAUAAUAACACCCUUUCCUUGCCUUCAGUCUCUUUUCUUUCUUUUUUUUUUUUCAAGGAAUGCGUGUAGGAUU